AUGGAACCUUCAAUACACCGACACCACCAACUAUCUACCCCUCCUGUGCUCGUCAUCGUUCAAUGGCUCUUAACAACAACCCUAUUGCUUCUACCACACACGACAUCAGCCGCCGAAACAACAGUUGUCACCGUCACCGAAACAGCCACUGCCACUGCAACGACACUCGCAACAGCCACCCCCGAAGUCCCACAAGACCCCUCCUAUACCUCCCAGCGGCAGUUUAGAUCAUCCAUCCUCGAAACAACAAAUAUUUACCGCGCCGCGCACAACGCCUCAGGUCUCCGCUGGAACGAGACGCUUGCGGACUUCGCUAAGGACUGGGCGGAGGGGUGUAAGUGGGAGCACUCCAGCGGGCCGUACGGCGAAAACCUCGCCUACGGAUACACGAAUGCAUCAGCGGCAGUGACAGCAUGGGCCGACGAAGCUGCCCUGUAUGACUUCUCCAAGCCAACGGGGUUCACCGAGGAGACGGGGCACUUCACGCAGCUUGUAUGGAAGAGUACGAGGGAGGUGGGCUGUGCGGCUGUGGAUUGCGGACUGACGGAUUUGGAUGGUGAUGAGGACGGGGAGAGCGAGAGGGCGCAGGGGUGGUAUGUCGUUUGCGAGUAUGUGCCUCCGGGGAAUGUGAUUGGCGCGGAAGAUAAAAUGGAGUAUUUUCGGCUUAAUGUGCAGGAGAGCAAUGGGGAUGGAGACGGAGAUGAGAAUGAUUCGGGGCCUGGGGAUAGCGCGGGUCUAGGUCGUGGGGUCCUAGGGUGGAGUAUACCGGGGGUUGGGUUGUGGGCUGGGGUAGUUUUGUAUAUGCUGUGUUCCAUAUAG